GUCGUACCGCUAGCACAAGUCGCAAAAUAAAGAAGACUUGCUGCGCGCAUAUCGUCGAUUCAAGAUUAGUGUUUUUGAGUUUUUAAUAACUUUUCUUAGUUUUUUAUAUAUAAAACCCUCACGUAGUCCUGUCUUUCAUCACUGGAAAUGAGUUUCAAUUAUGAAUGUGGAGAUUUUUCGCAAUUUCAGGAACAACUGAAAAAAAUGAGAGACCUGGACGACAAAAUCAUCUAUGCACUUAACACAUCUUUACCAACGGAAUCAUUCAAAGGGCAGUUUAAUCCGGAAUCCAAGUGUCGCGAACUGCACAAACAGUUGGAAGUGGGCCAUGGAAAUCGACAGGAAGCUAUCAAGAAGUGUAUCCUCGUGUGUGCCGAUUCCGUCAAGCAGUUGAAGGAAAAGCGAGAAGACAAUAGGGACGAUGUCGCAUUGAACAAGCAGUUUAAGACUGAACAGCGAAAGUUGCGAUUAUUGCAAGCCGAACUCAGUGUCGAAGAUAUCAUUCGGGAGCGUACUCAGAAGACCUUCAGGGAGCGUUGUCGACUUUUCGUGAACGUUGACUCGCUGUAGUAGAGGUUUGAUGAACAAAAUUGCUGGAAGAAACUCAAUCAUCAAUUCAGAAUGAAAUAUCAAACGGAGAGUGCAACAGGAACGCAUUUAUCUAAACCAAGACGCCUAAAAAGGCAGCAGUUUCGCUGUAAGAAUAGCGGUCAGUGAUUCAUUGCAAUAACACAAAGUCUGUUUUAGUUUUUGUUAAGAAGAAGGUCACAGCUUUUGAUGGAAAAUCGUACAUAAGUAAAUUUUAAUUCAUUUGUUAUAGUGUCUAGAAAGCAUAUAUAUACCAAUAGAAGAACUUAAAAAAUGGAGUGAAAAUAAAUUUUCUGCUGUUCCAUUGCAGUAAUAAAAUACAGAACCAUGUUGAAAAAAUCCA